GCAAAACAGAAAGGUCGAGCGUUGGUAUUACGUAUCGAAUUGAAUGGUGAUUUUUGUAGUGAUAGUGAACGAUGUUCGCGGAUGCCUGAUGGAUUUUGGUGGGGUGAUUGGGAAUUCAAGAUAUCGGAUGCGUCCAGAAACUAUAUGUUGACAAUAUCGCCCGCAAUAGCUGGCAAUUUAACGGAACGAACGAAUAUGGAUAAGUUUUUCUACAUGAAUAACGGUAAACAGUUCACUGCGAUUGAUAAAGAUAACGAUCGAUUGCACGGAAAUUGUGCACAGUUCCGAGACUUUGGGUAA